AUGCGGCGAGGCCAACACACGGGCCGUGUGAAACCCGACAAGAAGCAGCGCGCCGCCAUGAAGUCACUAAGUGAGAAAGAGAUCCUCGAACUGCUUUUGGCCCAACUUUCGAAGCGUGCACUUUCUGGCAAAUGUUUCGAUGCCCUUUUCCCUUUCCUGCAGAAGAUCCACCGCCGUCUGGCAGAGUCUUCACCGGGGUCACCAGAGUCGAGCAUGUCCAGUGCCUUGCAGCGCAACUUGCAGAAGGCGAUGUCGCGGAUGAGCUGCCAGCAGAUGGUCUGCUUCGUGGAGAAGAGCACGAACUUGGACACUCGCCUUAUGCAGCAGUUGAAGGAGCAGCUGCAGGGUAACCAAAGAACCACGCCCGACUUCACGGCUUCCUCCGUCUGGCUGUAG